UUGGACAGUCUGUUCUUUUCGAAUUUUGAUUUAUAUAUUCUUUCUUAAUUAUUAUCCCUUGCUUGAUUAGGGAACUGUUCAAUUUGGGAUCUGUCCGACCCYUCCCACCUGUCUGCCCCCUACCUGUUCCUCCCCCUCCAGUCCGGGCACUGGGCCAGUCCGUCAGAUUGGCCCUCGAGUGACUCUUCAGACUUCGGGCACGGCAGUGCAUGACACUGCUCACUCGAUCACAGACCAAGGCCAUGGACCGGAAGGCGGGGGAAUCCCUCCUGAGCUAUGAGGAACGUCUGGCGGCAUUCAUUCAAGAGGCCAACGAUAGGGCCGCCGCCGCGGCCAAGGAACGUCGGCAGCUUGAACAAGAGGAGGAGGCCAAGCGACAGAAGGAGAAACAGGACCGACUUCGUCAAGAGGAAGCAGACCUGCAGGCAGCAGCUGAACACCGGUCACGCCAGCGGGAACGACUGUUCACACGGGAGACAGUGAUCGGCAAUGAGGCCGCACGUUGGGUGGAAAUGGCAUCUACAGACGAGGCCCCGGAGACUGAGAAAGGACUGUCAGCCCUUGCACAGGUCUCCCACGACCUCGUGGCCACCUGCGCUCUGCAGCAGGAGGAAAUCCUCCACCUGCAGCAGACAGUGGACCAGAUGCUCGCACGGCUGCGGGCGUUGGAAAAACAGCCAGCAGCCGUAGCAGCCGCAGGGCCUGCAAACCUUGCGACCCGUGUUCAAGUCUUGGAGGACGACGUCGGCAAUAUCAAGCGUGUGCAUCAGGAUUUCAGGACGUCGCAGCAAGCAACGAACUUGCAGUUGGAGACGCAGGUCCAGGCGGCUGCCACCGUGACGCCCGCCGCCGCAUCCUCCAGGCGCCCACCCAAGCUAGAUGACAUUCCAGUCUUCUGCGAUCAGUCCAAGACGGAACCGAUCCCGUGGUGGCGCCAGUUUACUCUCCAACUCGACAUGCACCAUGUCCCGAACAACGAUCGACAUCCGUGCUUGUACCACCGAUCUGGUGCGGCGUCUGGACUUAGAGGAGUGGCUGAGUCGGGAAGGAAAGUGAGCGCCAUGAACUAAGGGGUCGGCAAAGGGGUGAC